ACGCCUACGCAGCUGCUUACCUUAUCCCCCCCGCUAGCCUCCCGCUGCGCCUCAUCCCGGCAGCUAGUACUUACCCCCCCAGCGGCCCCGGGCACUCUUCUGCUCCUGUCGGCUUCUUCUUCUCCAUCUCGCUUCCCUCCGAUCACCGGCUGCUCGUGCUGAACUCUUCUACGCAGAGCGAUGAACAUCUUGAACCAGCCCAUCAACCCCGGCGGCCACCCGGUGUUCCCGGCGGCCAAGGAGAGCGGCCACCUCGCGCCGUCGUCGGUGCGCUUCGACGGCGCGCCGACGCAGCCGAGCACAGCGGCCGCGGGGCGCUCCAGCGCCAACUACCCGAGGUGGCAGGCGCAGACGCUGCCCCGGGCCAGCAGCUACGUCGGCAUCGAGCACGACGGGGCCACCGCGGCGCCCGCCCCGUUCAAGCCGCCCACGCUCGACUUCCUGCGGUCGCUCCUGGACAACUGCAGCGUCAGCUCCGCCUUGGCGGGCGGCGAGGCCAGCGCGCCGCCGGCGCAGGCGCCGCAGCUGCUCGCGCUGCGGGUGGUCGUGACCUCCGCCGUGGAGCUCGACGCGCGCCAGACCGAGCUCAUCGCGCGCAAGAUGCGCCUGCUCACCGGCUUCGUUAACCUCACCGUCGUGAACGUCGUGGACCCGUCCCUGAUCGCCGGCUUCGUCAUCAGCUACGGCAGCGAUGACUCAUACGUCAUUGACCUCAGCGUCAAGGGCCAGCUCGCCGCGCUCAAGAACCGCGUGGACUCCAUCGACCAGACCGCCCACGCCCACGGACACCCGCACCACUGAUCAGCACUGGAGAAAGGUAUACACACACUACAAGCCCAGCAGCAGCACCGCCAUGACCAUGAGACUAUAUACAGAACCGAACGCCAUGCCAACAACAGUUUUCCUAUCCAAUGUUGUUGUAAAUCGCGAGAAACUUAGCUACUGCCUUCCUCCUGAGCCUAUAUAAAUGUUUGUACGAUACAGCAAAUGUUAUUAUAUAUGAUCGACGUUGAAACAACAGCUUUGAUGCUGUAAUAUGAUGCUGCAAAGUUGCAGUUUGUAAGCAAGGUGGAUUGCAGCUCUGAAAUGUUGAGCUAGCAGAGUCUAAUGCCAUGAGAACAAAAGUAAAUGCUACUGUAUCCAGGAACAAGUAAAUGUAUUUGUGAGAUGCAGCUACAGCUUUUUACCCA